ACAAACUUUGUCUUGUGCGCGAUAUCGAACGAUUCGAACUCUUUCUUUUCAAUUAUCAAAUCUUUACUGUUCAACAUCACAAUUUUGUGAAUAAGGAGAUAUUUUUCUCGAAUAAAAAAGAUGAUUAGUUAUAAAAUUUCCGCACCGGGCACAAUCAUUUUAACCGGAGAGCACUCGGCGGCGUUUGGUAAAACCUUCAUUACAACCACCUUAGAUUGUCGUACCAGACUCGAAUUCUCCGAACUGUCUGCAGAAACACAACACAUUGAGAUAGACUUCCCUGAUAUUAAUCUACAGACUAAUAUUCCAUUAGAAAUUAUUAAUGACUUUGUUAGAAGAAGCUCUUCAAGUCUACAACAACUGGAGUACGUGAAAUUCUUAAUUACUGCAAACUGUAUGUGGAGGACUUACGCCCAAAGAAAUUCUUUAGAAAUAUUCUUAAUCGUGUUUUAUAUUGUUAUGGCUGAGGAGUUUGGUCCUGUCAGCAAUGAUGUCUCACCAUUUCGCGUGACGGUGUCCACGGAAAUACCCAUGUGCGCCGGUUUUGGCAGUUCGACAUCUUUCACGGUAUGUCUUGUAGCGUGCUUUCUUCGUUGGCAGCAUCUACGAGGUGUUUAUCGUUUUAAUUUUGCAAUGAGUGUUUUGUUAAAACUGCGUUUAUUGCUCAAAAAAUCGAGAGUAUCAUGCAAAACAAUGAGUUUGCGUCGACCAAUGUCUCAGUUUGUAUAUUCGGCGGAAUAUUAAAAUGUCAAUUAGGCAAUUAUUCGCCCGUUGCUCAGGAAACGGCUGUGCACAUUCAUCUAGAAAGAAUGAAGAUUCUAUUGAUCAAUUCAAAUAAUCGCCAGAUAAAGCAUAGACAAGUAUUAAAAAAAAUGAUACAACUGAAAUCUGAAUCUCCUGAUGAUUUUCUUUUUAUAUUAUAUAAAUUAAAUCGGUAUGCAAAAAGAAUGUUUACACACUUUCAAUUAAUAACUUCUGCCAUUGCAAUGGACAACAGAACUCAACAAGAAAAUUGUUAUAAUUCUAUAAAGAAUUACAUUUGUAAGACUCAAGAAUUAUUGACGGAGUAUAAUUUGUCGAGUGAAGCAUUCGAUAACAUUGCCAGCACUGCAACAAAUAUGGAAUACGCGGCAAAGCUUACAGGUUUUGGACCUAGAUAUGCAUACAUGUUGCUACCACCGUACAUUAGAGACAAUGAAAUCGAAACAAUUACGACACAGUUUCAAGAUCAGAACUUCGUUGUUACACAAACUACCAUCAAUGGUGGGGGAGUGGGAUAUGAUGAUUGAUUUUCUAAUAAAAUUAUCGCGAUUAUUAUUUAAAUGAUUAAAUAAUAACAAAUAAUUGAAUAUAAAAAGAUGUAUUUAGAUUAUAAACUUAAAAUUGACGAACAAUACAUAUUAUUGUUCAAUAUACAUAUAUUCAGUUACUUAAAAAUAACAGUAUUUUAAUGAUAUCAUAUUGAAUUGAGAAAUCAAAGGUGAAAAAUACGUUGAAUAUUUUUCUGGUAAAAAAUAUAAAAAAUAUUAUUCUUUAUUUUCUAUGUUACUUUAAAAAUAUAAGUUAUGUCGCGUUGGGAUCAUGUGCUAUAAUAAACAUACAGAAGACUUUCGAUUUGCAAAUUAAUUGGUAUACAGAAAUGCUUCAUAUUUUACAUUAUAAUGCAAAUUGUGAAUAAAAAAUGAA